CCGGAGUGUUGUUACUACCCCAACUGUUAGGGAGUUUACAAGUUUGUGAGUCUUAAGAACGUUCCAGUCCAACUGUAAUAUCCGUGUAACAGCUGAUUGUAGGCAGUCACAAACACGUCAUUGAUUGAGUUUCGACGCCAGGGUUACUUUCGAUUACAUCGAGAGGCGGAGUGUGUAGAAUCCGCAAUUUUGCUUGAGAAGUGUGUUCGAUCAGACAUUUCCUCCUUAAGUUUCGUCUACUAGCGUCGAAAGUUGUCAGAAUGUCACUCUAUCCAUCCCUGGAGGACCUUAAGGUGGACAAAGUCCUGAAGGCCCAAGCUCAGUUUGCUCAGAGCACUUCCUCCACCCCAGCCAUCUCAGAAGAGCCUUACCAGCCCCAGGAUGCUGGGCAGGGGACAACAGCAUCAGGGCUCUACCCUAACCUGCAGGAGCUGGGAGAGUACAUGGGCCUGAGCCUCAACAGCGAUGAGGUACAGAAGAACCUGGCCCUGGUGCCUGUUGCAGACAAUCAGGUGGCUGUUGCCGGUGCCAUGGGCGUGGCGGGUAUGGUACGACCGGUGACGGGGGCUGACGUCGGGGUGAGGCGGGCCGAGAUCCGACCCGGGGUCCGCGAGGUCAUUCUGUGCAAGGACCAGGACGGCAAGGUCGGGCUGAGGCUGCGGGUCAUCGACAACGGGGUGUUCAUCCAGCUGGUCCAGGCCAACUCCCCGGCGGCACUGGCCGGCCUGCGCUUCGGGGACCAGGUCCUGCAGAUCAACGGACAGAACUGCGCAGGCUGGAGUCUGGACAAGGCUCACAAGGCCCUGAAGGCGGCCGCGGAGCACCGCAUCGAGCUCAUCGUCCGGGACAGGCCAUUCCAGCGCACCAUCACCAUGCACAAGGACAGCUCCGGGCAUGUGGGGUUCAUCUUCAAGUCGGGCCGCAUAACCUCGCUGGUGAAGGAUGGCUCAGCUGCGCGCAACGGCCUGCUGACCGACCACAACAUCUGUGAGAUCAACGGGCAGAACGUCAUCGGGCUCAAGGACUCCCAGAUUAAAGACAUCCUGACCACCUCACCCAAUACCAUGACCAUCACUAUCAUGCCCAAGUUCAUCUAUGAGCACAUGGUGAAGAGGAUGUCCGCUGGUCUCCUGAAGUCAGCAAUGGACCACUCCGUGCCUGAGGUGUGAGGGUCUGAGAGGAGCGUGGCCCUCGAGCCUGCAGCCAUUCUCUGAGCAUUCCCGUUGGGGCUUUUAUUUCACAUGGGAUCUCUCCCUGUACUGAAAAAAAAAACAACUUCCUUUAUCACAAUCAUCACCAUCAUCGUCAUCAUCAUCAUCAUCAUCGUAACCAUAACAUAUCUCAGAAGUUGCCUCUCUCAUUGUAGUUCAGUGUUCUUGUGUUUCUAGUCCUUUUUGAUUUUUUCUUUGUCAUUGUUUACUUGUCAUUUUUAUAUAACCUACCAUUAUAUUCAAGUAUAGUUACUUCUGUUUUUUUUUUUUUUUUAUUUGACAACACACCUUUUUUAAUCUGUCACAGAUUGUCAUAGUUCAGAGCUUCCGUAAAGAAAGAAGAAAAUGUGUGUCUGCCGUUUUUGUCAUUCCGCUAAUUUUCAGGGCCAGUGCUGAGAAAGUGAAGAAUCGACAGGGUAGGUUCUAUACUGUCUGCUCUGAAUUUGACAGAUGGUUGCUGGAGUAAGUGUCCUUGAGUCUUUCAUUGUAAGUGCAUUAUCCACCAAGUGCCCCUUCAGUGAUAGGUUAGGUGAUUCCGAGGCUUCUCUAGAUUAAAGUGCACCAGAUACUACCUUAUCAUAGUGAUCCAUAAAAAAAAUAGUGUCAAGCUUUCAACUUAGGUCUUACUACUUGCAAGUUAAAUGCAGGAAAAAUGUUCAUUUGAACCUACCAAGCACAUGUAUAGCUGGGUAUGUCAAACAAAACACUUUUCUGUGGUGUUUCUUUUUUCUUUUGGAGAACAGCUAAAGGUGCCCUUUAAGAUUGACUCAUUCAGAUAUGUUGGACAAGACUGAAAUAAUUUAGACAAAGUGAAUCCCAGAAAAUUGUACCUAGGUUCUUUUCAGUCUACAGCCAAAUAACAUGUAUCCUUUUUUGAAGUGUGUUUUAGAUAUAUAUUCUUUGACAGCUGUUGCAGUCAGUCAGUAAAAUAUUAGAACGUAAAAUUUAUAUGCAAGUGUAACCUCAAAAUAAUUAUAAGAAUAAAAGACUUCUUGUCAAUA